GAUAUAAAUUAACAAAAAGGGCAUUUCUUAAAUGAGUACCUCGGCGCCCCCCCGCCGCCCGGUUCCUGAAGACCACAGGAACCGCCCCUUGAAGCACCGGAGAUGACCGAAGAGGGUCGGCCUCAGCCGCCCGGGAACUUCCGGCGGAACUGCGGAUCCAGGCCUCCAAUCCCCGCCUCCUCCUGGCAGGCUACGCCCUUCGCCCGGCUUUCUGUCAAAUUGACGGAAAUUGCCGAACUGACCCCGAGCGGGGAAACCGGCGAGUCUGAGGUUUCUCGUCCCUCCUGGCUUCCCGUCCUCCGGGCCCGGCUGUCGGAGUUAGCCGAGGCCGCCAUAUUGAAUAAGCAACCGGGCGUCUAAGGGGGUCGGUGUGGUGCAGACAGUUCUGCCGAGUGCCCUCGGCGGCUCCGGAGAGAAGCAAUAUGUUAAGGAUACCUGUGAGAAGGGCCUUAGUAGGCCUUUCUAAGUCUCCUAAAGAAUAUGUUCGAACAACUGCCACAGCAGCAAGCAACUUAAUUGAAGUAUUUGUUGACGGCCAAUCUGUCAUGGUGGAACCAGGAACUACUGUCCUCCAAGCUUGUGAGAAGGUUGGCAUGCAGAUCCCUCGAUUCUGUUAUCAUGAAAGGCUGUCAGUUGCUGGAAACUGCAGGAUGUGCCUUGUUGAAAUCGAGAAAGCUCCUAAGGUUGUAGCUGCUUGUGCCAUGCCAGUAAUGAAAGGUUGGAAUAUCUUGACAAACUCAGAGAAAUCUAAGAAAGCCAGGGAAGGUGUGAUGGAGUUCUUAUUAGCAAAUCACCCAUUGGACUGCCCUAUUUGUGAUCAGGGAGGCGAAUGUGAUUUGCAGGACCAGUCCAUGAUGUUUGGAAGUGAUAGGAGCCGGUUUUUAGAGGGGAAACGUGCUGUGGAGGACAAGAACAUUGGGCCGUUGGUAAAGACCAUUAUGACUAGAUGUAUACAGUGUACUCGCUGCAUUAGGUUUGCAAGUGAGAUUGCAGGAGUAGAUGAUUUGGGAACAACAGGCAGAGGAAAUGAUAUGCAAGUUGGCACAUACAUUGAAAAGAUGUUUAUGUCUGAACUGUCUGGGAAUAUCAUUGAUAUCUGCCCUGUAGGUGCCCUGACAUCUAAGCCCUAUGCCUUCACUGCCCGGCCUUGGGAAACAAGAAAGACAGAAUCCAUUGAUGUAAUGGAUGCAGUUGGAAGUAAUAUUGUGGUAAGCACAAGAACUGGAGAGGUGAUGAGAAUUUUGCCAAGAAUGCAUGAGGACAUUAAUGAAGAGUGGAUCUCUGAUAAAACCAGAUUUGCCUAUGAUGGGCUAAAACGUCAAAGACUUACCGAGCCGAUGGUCAGAAAUGAAAAAGGGCUUUUAACCUAUACCUCCUGGGAGGAUGCACUCUCUCGUGUAGCUGGAAUGUUGCAGACUUUUCAAGGCAAAGAUGUAGCAGCAAUUGCAGGUGGCUUGGUGGAUGCUGAAGCCCUAGUAGCGCUCAAAGAUUUGCUUAAUAGAGUGGACUCUGACACCCUGUGCACUGAAGAGGUCUUUCCCACUGCAGGAGCUGGCACAGAUUUGCGUUCCAAUUAUCUUCUUAAUACUACAAUUGCUGGUGUGGAAGAGGCAGAUGUUGUCCUUCUGGUUGGUACAAAUCCACGUUUUGAGGCACCACUAUUUAAUGCUAGAAUUCGAAAGAGCUGGCUUCAUAAUGACUUAAAAGUGGCCCUUAUAGGCAGCCAAGUGGAUCUCACUUACAGAUAUGACCAUCUGGGAGAUUCUCCCAAAAUUCUUCAAGACAUUGCUUCGGGUACCCAUCCAUUCAGCCAGGUCCUAAAGGAAGCUAAAAAACCUAUGGUGGUUUUAGGUAGUUCUGCGCUCCAAAGAAAUGAUGGGGCAGCAAUUCUUGCAGCUGUUUCCAGCAUUGCUCAAAAGAUUCGGAUGAGCAGUGGUGUUGCUGGUGAUUGGAAAGUUAUGAAUAUCCUUCAUAGGAUUGCAAGCCAAGUAGCUGCUUUAGACCUUGGCUAUAAACCUGGGGUGGAAGCAAUUCGAAAGAACCCUCCCAAAGUGUUAUUUCUCCUGGGAGCAGAUGGAGGUUGUAUCACUCGACAGGAUUUGCCAAAGGAUUGUUUCAUUAUUUAUCAAGGACAUCAUGGUGAUGUUGGAGCUCCUAUUGCUGAUGUUAUUCUCCCAGGCGCAGCUUACACAGAGAAGUCUGCUACUUAUGUCAAUACCGAGGGCCGAGCUCAGCAGACUAAAGUAGCAGUGACACCUCCUGGCUUGGCGAGAGAAGACUGGAAAAUUUUAAGAGCCCUCUCGGAGAUUGCAGGCAUAACUCUUCCAUAUGAUACUCUGGAUCAAGUAAGGAACAGAUUGGAAGAAGUCUCUCCUAAUCUUGUUCGAUAUGAUGAUGUUGAAGGAGCUAAUUAUUUCCAGCAAGCAAGUGAGCUCUCCAAGCUAGUGAACCAGCAACUACUUGCUGAUCCUCUUGUUCCACCUCAGCUAACAAUAAAAGACUUCUAUAUGACAGAUUCAAUUAGCAGAGCCUCACAGACAAUGGCCAAAUGUGUUAAAGCUGUCACAGAGGGUGCCCAGGCAGUAGAGGAACCAUCCAUAUGCUGAACAUCUACCAGUUUUGCUACAGAUACUUAAUGGACAGUUAUGUUGGAGUGAUCUCUUAGAGGUUUAUCUCUUUAAAAAAUAAUCUGAAUAAUGUAAUAUUUAAGGUUCUAUCAUGCUUAUUUGAAAAAAAUAUUGCAAUCAUCAAAGAACUUUGAGCUUCCAAGAAUGUUUAUGUAUUGUGUGUAAACAUUAAAUAGUUUAAUAAACAUGUACACAGAUUCUUUUUCAUGUAAAA